CUUCAAGCUCUUUGCAGAGUACCCAGUUUAUCCAUGGACUUGGCAAAAAACCAAAAAGUUUAUCCAUGGAGCCCGUUUUAGCCCAAGAACAGAGAGGCCUAGCGAAGCCAAGCCCAGGCUGAGGUCGAACAGUCGAAGAAUCAUGUCUGCUUUGUCUAGCUGCGAGUUGGUAAGCUGCAAAAUCUCAGUAGCAGCUGCAUUGCAUCAUGGAAGGAGCCGCCCCAUUUCUGUUUCUUUAAAGAUGGAGUAGGCUCUAGUUCAUGAUUGAAUAACUCUAACAAUUGGUUACAUCAGCGAAAUUAACUGGGUAUGCUUUAUUCUGGCUUACUAGGGGCAUAAACAAUACAUAAUCAACUUCUAGAGAACGAAAAGUGUACACCAUAUAGGGUUUUAAGGGAAUAGUUUCAUGGGUAUGAUCUAUUUUCUUUUUCAAAACAAGCAAUGGAAGGGAAUUUAUCACAAGGAAGUAUGAUUCCUGGGGGAAAUCCAUUUGGAGGACUUGACUUGCAAGGAUCCAUAAGAGUUCAUCAGCAAGCACAGCACCAGCAUUCUGUACCCCAUCAGCAGCAUCCUCUUCAUCGCCAGGGUUCUUCUGUACAUCCUUCAAUUCAUGAGGGUUUUCCCCUUACAAUGGGAACCAUGCACAACUCUGAUCAAAUCAUUUCCAUGACUGAUUACAGUAAGGGAGAUAAGGGGAAAAAUUCAGCAAGUGAUGAUGAUGAGCCAAGCUAUACUGAAGAUGGUGCUGAUGGUCACAAUGAUGCAAGUAGAGGGAGAAAGGGGUCACCAUGGCAGCGUGUUAAGUGGACUGAUAAAAUGGUGAGGCUUUUGAUAACUGCUGUGUCUUACAUAGGAGAGGAUGCAACUUCAGAUUGUGGAGGUGGAAUGAGAAGAAAAUUUGCAGUUUUACAGAAAAAGGGCAAGUGGAAAUCAAUUUCAAAGGUCAUGGCUGAAAGAGGUCACCUUGUUUCACCCCAGCAGUGUGAGGAUAAAUUCAAUGACCUUAACAAAAGGUAUAAAAAGCUAAACGACAUGCUUGGGAGGGGCACUUCUUGCCAAGUUGUGGAGAAUCCAGCACUGCUGGAUGUUAUAGAUUAUUUAACAGAAAAGGAGAAAGAGGAUGUUAGGAAAAUAUUAAGCUCAAAGCACCUCUUCUACGAAGAAAUGUGUUCAUAUCAUAAUGGAAACAGAUUGCAUCUACCUCAUGAUCCAGCAUUACAGCGAUCCUUACAGUUGGCUCUUAGAAGUAAAGAUGAUCAUGAUAAUGAUGAUGUGAGAAAGCACCAACACGAUGAUAUUGAUGAUGAUGAUGAUCAAGAAGUUGAGAUCGAUGAUCAUGAUGAACUAGAGGAGAAUCAACCUGAACAUGGAGAUAGCAGGAGAAUGCAUGGUGUCUUGGACCCAUCUGUGAAAAGGUUUAGACAAGGCCAGUGCCUUGAAGAUGCUUGUUUUGGGAAUUCAUCUCAGGAUGGUAAUAAAGGUUCUUAUUCUCAUUUGCAGAUUGCCCAAGUUGAUAUGAAUCAAGUCUCAUCAGAAAGUACAAGAGCAGCUUGGUUACAGAAGCAAUGGAUAGAAUCUCGCAUGGUUCAGCUAGAAGAGCAGAAGCUGCAAAUUCAACAGGAAAUGUUGGAGUUAGAAAAACAACGAUUCAAAUGGCAAAGGUUUUGCUGGAAAAGAGACCGUGAACUAGAAAAGUUGAGAAUGGAAAAUGAGAGGAUGAAGCUGGAGAACGAACGAAUGGAAUUGGAGUUGAAGCGAAAAGAAAUGAGUAUUGAAUUUACUUAGUUGUCUGGACCUGGUUCUGUUAAAUUUUAUUAAUCACAACAGCUGGACUUGUGUGCAGCUCUACCCGGGUUCUGUUCUUGGUAAGCUGAUAUUAACCUAUAACUGCAGUUCACUUAGGAUGGAGAUUCUUGUUGGAAAUGUUACUCUACCUGCAUAUAUAAUGUAGACUUGAUAUACCUUUAGCUGGUUACAUUGCUGAUGUUUGAAGAUAUUGUGGCCAGAAUCUCUUUCAUUUUAUCAUGUAUUGGCUUCUCUUCCUUCUUUCUCUUAUGUUCCUCCCUUUUUUUCUUCUCUAUAUCAUGUAGUAUUUGGAUCUACGAUUGAAGUUUGAAUAUCAUCCCAUUAAAUAUUGAAUUGCUGUACUUUGGCUAACUGAUUAUGAAUAUAGUUCCUUGCUUA